GGAGACAAGAGGUGGGACAGUCAUUCCUAUAGUUACAGAUAUUGGGGGAUUAUUUAUCACUGAGCUCCAGAUUCCCCCAAUAAACUGCUCAUAUGACUGGGCCCCUCUCAGUCUGUACAAGGCAUUGGGUUUUUCAGCGUUAGAGUGCGAGCUCCGCUGCCCACAAGUCACUUCCAGCCCAGUAAACUCCGCCCACAUUGCCCCGAGGACUGUUCCAAGUGCAGAUGUCGGGCAGGGGGCGCCUCUGUCAUUAGAGGGACGAGAAUAAAUUGAGAGUUGUGACUUUGCAGCAGUUCAGCGGGACCUCAGGGCCACUCCUUAUGGAUCUUAUAUCCAAUGCUUGGAAGUUACUCCUUUCCCGCAAAUUUUGAAUCGUCCCUCCCUUUCCAGAUGUUUUGCCCUUCGUUGUGGCCCCGCCUCCUGGUUUCCCGGCGCUACUGAGCAUGCGCACUGCCCUCUCUUGCUUAGGGAGCGAGUGCAAAGUGUUGCGCCUGUAGGAAGGCUGCGCCCAGUACUUGUCAGCCCCCUCCCUCCUCAGCCGCCCCCGCUAUUGCCAGACGUUCCCUGCGCGCAGCCUGCAGUCGGGAAUGCGGAGUCCGGGCUGGACAGGGGGUCGGUGCGGCGCCUGAGCUGUGCCCGGGGAUCAUGGCACUAGACGCGGCGGAGGAGGAGGCGGAGUACGAGCGCUUGUUACUGGAGUCCGGAGCGGAAUGGCUGCGGGGGGAGGUUCGGCGGCUGCUGCGGGAACUGGCGGAGACAACACGGGAGAAGAUCCAGGCGGCGGAGUACGGACUGGCGGUGCUGGAGGAGAAGCAGCAACUGAAGCAGCAAAUGGACGAACUCGAGGCCGAGUGUGAGACGGAAAGACACGAACUGGAGCAGCUCAAAGAGGCCUUCGGACAAGUGCACAACAACCACAAGAAAGUAGCGGCGGAUGGCGAGAGCCGAGAGGAGACACUGAUCCAAGAAUCGGCCACUAAGGAGGAAUUUUAUAUGAAAAAGGUCCUGGAGCUGCAGACUGAGCUCAAACAGUCCAAGAACAUUGUGGCCAACACCCUGUCUGAGAACGAGCGGCUCAUUUCGGUGGCGCAGGAACUGAGAGAGCUAAAUCAGAAUAUUGAAACCCAAAGAGGCCGCCUGCGCGAUGACGUCAAGGAGUGCAAGUUCCGAGAAUCCCGACUGCUGCAGGACUAUACGGAGCUGGAGGAGGAGAAUAUCUCCCUGCAGAAACAAGUUUCCGUCCUGAAACAGAACCAGGUGGAGUUUGAGGGUCUGAAGCAUGAGAUCAAGCGCCUGGAAGAAGAGACUGAAUUCCUAAACAGCCAAUUGGAAGAUGCCAUACGAUUAAAGGAGAUUUCCGAGCGGCAGCUGGAGGAGGCGCUGGAGACACUAAAGAGCGAACGUGAGCAGAAGAACAACUUGCGCAAGGAGCUCUCACACCACAUGACCAUCAAUGACUCCAUGUACAGCAACCACCUCAACCUGUCUCUGGACGGCCUUAAAUUCAGCGACGAAACCUUGGAGCCCAACAACGAUGACAUCAUGAAUGGCUACGAGCAGAAUGGCAUCAUCAGAAUGAACGGCGACAACAAAAUGUCCACCCCUAAGAAGAUGGAAAUAGGGACACCCGCCCCCAGCCUUGUGUCUGAUCUCCUCAGUGAGCUGAACAUCUCUGAGAUACAGAAACUGAAACAGCAGCUGAUGCAGGUGGAAAGAGAGAAAGUCGGCCUAUUGUCCACCCUUCAGGAGUCGCAGAAGCAGUUGGAGAACACUAGAGGGGCGCUCUCGGAACAGCAUGACGAAGUCUGCCGUCUGACCGAAAACCUAAACGCCAUGAAAAAGCUCCAAGCCACCAAGGAACGACAUUCCGCUCUGGACAACGAGAAAGAGCGGGACAGCAACGAAGAUGGAGAUUAUUAUGAAGUCGACAUCAAUGGGCCUGAGAUUCUCGAGUGCAAGUACAAAGUCGCCGUGUCGGAAAUCCGAGACCUGAAAGAGGAACUGAAGAGUGUGAAGGGCAAGUAUGAAGAGUAUGAGUGUAAGUACAACGAGGAGAAGAACAAGUAUGAGAGUGACACCCAGGCCAUGACAGAAAAGAUCUCUAUGAUGGAAAAGUCCACACGGCAAGACCAAGACCAGGUACUGAGGCUGGAGAAGGAGCUGAAGAAAGUAACUCAUGUUGCCGGCGAGACCCAGGGCAGUCUAACAGUAGCCCAGGAUGAGCUAGUCACAUUCAGUGAAGAACUGGCCAACUUGUACCAUCAUGUCUGUAUGUGCAACAAUGAGACACCCAACCGGGUCAUGCUCGACUACUACAAAGAGGGCAAAGGUGGGCGGUGCAGCCCAGAAGGCAGAGGCCAUCGAUCACCCAUACUGCUUUCCCAAGGUCUUUUAAAUUCAGAGAACGGCCAUAACGAUCCCGGGUCUCCUGCAUCGCCCCUUCCAUCUCCCGUGUCCAAUCUGAGGAGAGAACCCAUGAACAUUUACAAUCUCGUCGCUAUUAUUCGUGAUCAGAUCAAACACCUCCAGGCCGCUGUGGACAGGUCAACAGAACUGUCCCGGCAGCAGGUGGCAAGUCGAGAACUCGGACCGGCUGUGGAUAAAGACAAGGAGGCUUUCAUGGAAGACAUCUUGAAGCUGAAGUCUCUCCUGAGCACCAAAAGGGAACAGAUAGCCACUCUACGGACUGUCCUUAAAGCCAACAAACAGACGGCAGAGGUGGCCUUGGCCAAUCUAAAGAGCAAGUAUGAGAAUGAGAAGGCGAUGGUCAGGGAGAUGAUGAUGAAGCUGCGCAAUGAGCUGAAGGCACUAAAGGAAGACGCUGCCACCUUCUCCUCCCUCAGGGCCAUGUUUGCCACAAGAUGCGACGAGUACGUCACUCAGCUGGAUGAGAUGCAGAGGCAGCUGGCGGCAGCAGAAGACGAGAAGAAGACAUUGAACUCCCUGCUCCGCAUGGCCAUCCAGCAGAAACUAGCACUCACCCAGCGCUUAGAGCAUUUGGAACUUGAUCACGAGCAGGGGAGGCGCGGCCGCACAAAAUCAGCAUCAAAAACCAAAAGCAGUAACCCUAGUCCGUAGAAGAUGUAUCCGUCCAGUGCAUUGGGGGUGACUCUUAGCAGUGACCCAAAACGGAAAACCACUACACGUCCUGUUAAUCUGUUUCCCCACAGUCCUUUUAGAGGCUUUAUCCUUUAUAGGCUCUAAAUUAAAGCUUUAACCAUAAAGUGCUGCUGAUUUUGGAAGAUACUUUACAAGUGCUGAACAAAUAAACUCUCAACGUCUGAGCUCCGGGUGUAUUCAGCGCCAGCAAACCGAGGAGUCCAUACACUUUACAUCUAAUAUUAAACUCGCUUCUGAUUUGUUUUCUGUUAUUUUUUUGUUUUUGAAACUUGUGCACUUUUGAUAUAUUUUUUAAUAUUUCUACUUUAUAUUUUAUGUAGAUGUGUUUCUAGAAUGGUGUUUGGUAACCAAAAUUAACAGUGGCUGUUCCAAACAUGUUGUACGUUGACAGCCACAGCAUGGCUGAUCUCCAUGUUAGUAUUACGCUUUGUACUUGUUGAUUUUGGCAUCGGCAUGUUGCAGGGAUUUUUUUUUUAUUAAUGAUUUAACACAUGCUUUGGCAUUCAGUAAAAAUAUAUAUUAUAUAUAAUUAUAUAUGUUCUGUGCAACUUCAGCUUUUGUUUGUCAGUAUAAUACGUUUAGGUUUGUGUUGAAAUUACUGUUUAUUUUUUUAACCUGCCAUAUUCAUGAAAAAAAAAAAUCCAGGGUCUCCAAAUUCUGGGGUUUCAUUAUGCUGUUAUUAUUCUUAGGAAUAGUUUAAAGUAACAAGAAGAAAACUUGACUUUGCUUUGGUUAAAAAACAGUAAUAGGCACUUGAAAAUGAUAUAUAUAUAAUAACUAGUAUUACCUAAAAUGCCAGAAUUAUCUGAUUUUUUAGGAACUUAAGAAUUGCUGACGACCAGAAUUUUAUACAAUUGUACCAGUGAAAUUCCAAAUUGGAAUUGUUUUAUUUCAUUUUUAUUUUGUACCGUGCAUUUUGGCACAUCUAGAGGCAAAUUCUAAAGUUGUCAAUUUCUACACUUUUGUUACAAAUAAAAACCGACGGUGCCUUUUUUUUUUUUUUUUUUUUUUUAAAUAAAAAUUUUAGGAUAGUUUAGGUAAAAACUUUGAGAGUUUUAAAAAAAAAAUUCAAAGUGAAUUGCAGAGCAAUAAAUGCAAACAGGGAACUCACCUUAAAUAUUUUUUAACUUUAGGCUAUAUUUACAAAAAGAAAGAAAAUUGUAGAAAAUUCAGUUGGUCAGUGAUUCUUGGAAAAGCCGAUCCUUGCUGACUCGUAGGGUCGUAGUUUUGUCACCUGAAGCUUUGGAACUUUCACAAGCAAAGACACAUUAUUUGUGGUAGCCGAACCGAAGAUAUAUAUACACGAAAAUCCGGUGGUAUGAUAGCUUCUUUAUAACGGUGGUGGACUGUGUCUAACCAUAAUAAUGUUGGCAAAUGUGGAAAAAAAAUGUUAAAAACUAAAAAAAAAAAAAGUAUUAAUAUUCAAUCUUGCAUGUUGUAUUCAAUUGCUGUCGUUUUCAGGAAACAGAAAGAGAGGGGCAUCAAUAAGCACAGCCAUGUUUGUUGAGGUCGAGGCGAAUGUUUUAAUUGGUACUCAAUCGCCAUCAUUUCUGUCUAAAGGACAGAGAGAAAAAAAAAGCUUUGAAAAUUUAAGUAUUGUUGACAUUAAAAUUAAAACUAAAAUUUCUGUUUGCUGGAAAAACUGAAAACUCAUUGUUGUGGGACUUUUUUUAUGCUAUCGCCUUUUUACAGUAUUGAUUCUUCAACUAUUGUUACUGCCAAUUAUUUCCUUUAUGUGGGUAUUUAUUAGAAAUGAUUUCAUAAAGUACUGUAUUGUGUUAAUGUGCAUUACCUUGGGCGGCAAAUCAUCUCCAUUUCUGUCAUAUGCACAGAGAUUUGCCAGGUGAGCUUACACAAAGCUGAUCGUAUAAUGGUUUGUUUAGCGAGCGAGGCGUGUUGAUGAGCUAUUAAUAAAAGGCUGUGUCAAUAGAGGCUCUGUAAGGUAGUCACAUGUAUCAAUAAAGGUGAUAAAAAGC